AAUGGAGCGCUGUCAUCACUGCCCUACCUAUGUCAGUUUGUGGCCUCUAUCGGAGUCAGUUAUGUGGCGGACUUGUUGCUUGAGAGAGGUUUAUUGACCACUAAAAGUGUUCGCAAGUCUUUUCAGUGUUUCUCCUUUGUAGGGACUGCCGUGUGUAUUGUGUGUGCUGGACUAAUGAACUGUGAGAUGCGACAGUUGGCGGUGGCUCUGCUGUGUUCGUGUACCAUCUUCAUGAGCUUUAGUCCGGCUGGCUACAUCGUCAAUCAUUUGGAUUUAGCUCCAAGGUGA